GAGACCCCGUUCGGGGCCGGCUUCACCGCGCACCGGCCAUCACCUCUGGCCUCGAUCGCUCCCGCUCGCCUUCGCGUCUAUUCUCCGCCGCACGUCCCCUUCCUUUGCCCUUUUCCCCUCCACCCCCGCUGCCAUGACCGACGGGAUCUUGAAGGACGUCUCAGCCGCCCGGGCCUCCCAGCAGUUGGACCAGCACCAGCACCCCGCCAAGCGGUCAAUCACUUGGAACGAGGAAAACCUCCGCGAGAAUGAAUCCAAUCGCACGGCCACCAUGAAGAUCACCGAGCCAAAGACCCCCUUUGUGUAUUACAAUGAUGCUGGCGAUGAGAUCAUCGGCAUCCGUGACAUUGACGGGAAUAUCGCCGCCCCGGAGAAGCUCGAAGAAAUCAUGGCGCAGUCCAUCUUCGAGGCGGCCCCGGAGAUGGAGGACCCCUCUUCCAACGAUCCGCAGCAUUCGCCCUCCUUCAGUGCGAAUGUCGACUUCGUCCCGGACUUCGACCACCCGCCCUCCGACGACGAGGAGGACGAGGACAACAGCCCUGAGGCUCUCCAGCGGAAGCAGGAAUUUGCCCACCACCGCAAGAUGCACUAUCACAUGGGCAACGCCCUGAAGAACCGUGAUCUCAUGCUGUCGGAUGACGACAGUGACGAUGAGUAGAGACACGUGCCCAUCAAAUUUGACACCUAGCCCUCGAUUGCACCUGCGCCAGUGUUUGCUUCUUCCCCGGCGGUCCCCCCCCCCCGGGAGCAAUAGAGAGAUCCCUGUUU